UUUCAUUUAUUUACUUUCGUAUUGAUCCAAAUGUUUCAGGGCUUAAAAUAUAUAUUAACUAUUAUUUCAUUUAUAUUUCAUACUUAAUUCCCCACAAUAAAUUGCAGCUUUAGCUUGAGAGUUGAGAUUUCUCACCGGUAUCAAAUUGACAUAUUGGUUCUAUUGUCGACAACGUUCUUUAUUGAGAUCUCCGUUUGAGUGAAGGCCCAGCGGCCUUAAGCUCAUCGCGAUGGCGAACAAUUGGUGGAGGGAGCCUGAUAUGGGGGUGAUGUCAGCGCCAGUGCCAUCAGGCGAGCCGCAGGGCUGCGCCGCGAUGCGUAUGUGGCGCAAUGCGUGCAACACGCUGGUGGCGCCCGACGCCGACAACGCCUGGAAGCAGGUCGUGGAGGCUUCGCCCCCGGACUCGCUGUGGCACACGCUUAGGAACUGUGUCGCUUAUCAGGCGGGCGUCUGGCAAAACUUACUAAAUAAAGGUAUGGACGACGUGAUCCAGCCUGCGGCGUUCAAGCUCGCCAUCGUGCUGCGGCACACGCCCUCCGAGCUUACUGUCAAGCUGCUGACCGAGCUGCUGCGUCUGCAUCCGCAAUCUCAAGAUCUCACGUCGUACAUCCUAGCAUUGCUCACGGAUGACGAGGCGCAGUGGUGCGGCCACAGCUCCGACGAGUCCGAACCCUCCUCCCCCGCCAGCACCGAGUCUUCCACCGACGCGGGCGAGACUGACGCCGCCGAGGCCACCGACAUCGACACUAACGAAGCAGCUGGAGGCCCGGCCGACUCCGCCACGUCAGCGGCGGCGGCCUCGGAGGCGGCCGAAGCCACGCCAGCAGUGGUAUCCUCUACCGAAGUAGAUUCGACGACGGCUAACAUCGAUUCGAACAUCGUCGAGUCGAACGUCCCCGAUUCGACGACGGCCGACGAUCCGGUGGAGAUCGCGGCCGCGGCCAGCGUGUCGGGGGACAGCCCGGAGCCUAGCAGCCCGGCGCCCACCAGCAGCGACGGCAGCGGCUCGAGCGCGGAGAGCGGCAGCGGCGCGGGCAGCCCGGCGCCGGCGACGCCCGCGGGCCCGGCGCCGCUGCGGGACCUGCAGCUGUUCGGCGACUGCGAGCUGGCGGUGCUGGCGGCGUCGCGCGAGGAGUACGACGCGCACGCCAAGCUGGUGCGCGCCGAGUACUCCAAGCUCACGCACGACAACUACGUCGAGCUCAGGAUUAAGGUGCUUAACCAAUUCAACCAAAUACCAAAGCUGUUCCACACGCCGGAGUUCGAGUGCUUCGAGUCCGCAGCUCGCGAGAACAUCGAGCGCGAGAUCUGCACGCUGCGGGAACACUUGCUCACCGGACGGAAAGACUAGUACUACUCGUACCAGGACUGUGACGUCACCGACCAGGGACACACCACUGAUAGCAACUAAACGUUUACUCGAACAUCUAGCUUAUGCUAAAUUACCUGAUCGCGCUGUAGUCUGAACAUCAUGAGAAACACAAACUUUUGAAAGCAUAUCAGUCACGGCACUUUCAAGACUUUAAUACCUAAUAGUAAACAAGUCUAAAUAUAAAACUAAGGACUAAAUCUGAGACUAACCAUUUGACAAACAAUUAUUUGAUCCCAACAACUCGCGCGAUCGGGCAAAACGUAACAAUAAUUUGCUGCUCAAGGUAAUUUUAAGAAACAUUUGAGUAAACUUUAAUUGUCAUGUCAGUACUUCCCCCGUCGUACGUCACAAUCCUGGCAAGUCUGGAAGGCGGUUGAAUCUGACUUGUGUUAACAUCCUAUAUACCCAACUAACACGAGUACGCUUCUAACGUCUGUGUGACUUGCAAGUUCAGUUACAAAUAUGUAUUGUAAUCAAUCAGAGGACAUUUCCAGUGUAGUGUUAUUUUAUAGUAAAUCGGUGUCUGUUUAAUACAUUUCAUUAAUCAUAGGUGCAUAAAAUGAGCCGCAGGUUUACCCGGCCUGUUUAGAUUCGUGGUUUUCUAUUUACCUACACUGUAAUAGAUGUUAAACUAAGAUAUUACGCUGGUGUCAUUGGUAUAUUAUGUAGUAUGAAUCAAUUACCAUCGCAUUACAUGAAUUGUAACCACAUUCCUUGAUAAUUAUACAGUUAAGUAGUAAACAGUUUACAGGUUACGCUUCCUUGAUGUUUAACACUAUUUUGAAUGUCGUGAUUUGCAUUUAGAAUUUAAUUAUAGUUUCACUUUGGAUCACGUUUUAUCAUUAGUAACAUAACAAUGCCAUUAGAUAUAAAAAUACGACUGAAUGUUUCUUUAUUUAGAAUUGUGUAGGUAUAUUUUAGCAAAAACUAACGAGUGAUUUGAUCAUUUUUAAAUAGGCAUUUUUGCUUAUUGACACUUCUGUUAAAUUAUUUAGUCUAUGUAACUAUUUAUAAAGUAUGUCAGAUAUGCUAGUUAUGUAUAGUUUCGAAUUCUGCGCUUAUUUCGAUUUAGUCAUUAGUUAGCUAGGUAUUAAGUAUAUUGCUUAUUGAUUUUAUCAAUGAAAUAUUAGCAUUUAUGACAUGGUCAUUCAAAUAAAUAAAUGUAAUAAAAUUUGCA